AUGAAGUGCUGGUGUGGACUACACCAGACUUUUCAGCAACAGCUAGGCACCAUGCCCAACAGCAAGCUGGUCAGAACUUUGAACAGGUAAAGAGGCAUACAUGCUAGAAGUCUAAAAGUCCAUUCACACAGUUAAGCUCAUUCACCCUGCACAGAAAAAGCUGAUUGGAAUACAGGCUGUAAAUUAUGAUGAGCUGGAAGCCAUUUCUGUUCUGAUGUCCAGCUCGAACUCCCAUUGUGGAUAUGGCUGCCAAUUUACUAUUUCCACCCAGUUCACAUCAAGUUUUCUGCACAUGGUUUUGCAUGCUAAAACUGAAAAUAAACCAAGAUGGCAUAGAUGUGAGAAACCUGUAACCAGAAAGGAAGAAGCACUAGGUGCCAGACCAUAGCAAAGGAUGUCACACAAGAUGUUGGCACUCAUAUGAGACGAAAGGGUUGGAUCCCAAGGCAGGGGACUCACACGGCACAGGAGAUCAGAAACCUGAGGCCUGCGUCAUACAUCCUAAAGCCUGCCAUGUGCUCUCAGGUAUGAUAGGAUAAAAAAGAAAUGGUCAACAAGACAUUACCUGGCUAAUAAUUAAUCUGAGACAGUGAAAAAUUCUGAAGCUUUUGUGUGAUGCAGGUUUUCCAAGAGCUCCAGAAGUUCAAUUAUGGACCUGGCUCAGGAGACCUUUGCUAGCAUACCUAGAGGCUAGAAAUUCCAAUUAAAAUGAAAAAAGUAUGUUCUACAAAUCAGGUGUGUAGUGAACAGCUAUCUGAAGUUCUGUGAGUCUCUGCUUUAGGCAGUUUCUAAAGCAAUCUCUUCAAAUCUAGCACUUGACAAUGGAACAAUCAUUUGCAACGAUCAAGGCGGAAUUAAGCAAUCAAUUGAUAACAUUUCGGGUUGUAGUGGCAGAAUGCAGCACAAAAGCCAGAAGUAAUGAGAUGAAACUUUGGUGACAGUAGAAGAGUUCUAUCACCAAGGUGUUGUGUAGCAAUCAAGACUCUAGGCCAGCAAGGCUAUGCAGAGCCACAUCAGUGUAAUCUCUAAUUCAUUUCAGAUGCUUGGUUCCUUUCAUUAGCCCAACACCUGCACGAGUAAAUGGUACAACUUAUCCUACAUUCUUAAUGGGUCUACUACUUGCAGUUCUCCACUUGUGACCCUGAAAAUAAUGAAAGUUGUUAUAAAAGUCAAGAGUGAGCUGAAGCAAGCUGUUCCACUCCACAAAGCUUUGGCCAGGCUUGGCAUGGAUCCAUCCCAUUAGGGCUUUGGAACUUUGGAUUAUGGAAGCAUGAUUGAACCCUGCAAUCCUUCCCAGGCUUGCAGGAAGAGCCAAGCUUCCCCUUCUUUUGCUUUUGUAAAUACCUGGUCUGAAGGGCAUGUAAGCAGCAACCUGGCAUAGCAACAACCACCCUAGGUACAUAAGCCAAUUAACUCUUAAAACCAGAAACACAAAUCAUGAAUAAAAGCUGGAGCAGUUUACUAUUCACAUUUAGCUAUUUACUUAUUAAAAUGUACACUUUUGGGGAGAGCAGUGAGGGGCAAAAACAGAUGAGGCAAACAACAUAAAGCAGGAAAGUACACCAAACCAUCUGGAAUGCAAGGACAAUACCUAUGCACUGGCGAUUAAACCUGCUAUUCUGGCACCACUAAAGACCUGGAGGAACAGGCCUAACAUUGAUUAGUAAGUUGACUAUUCAGAGUAUGCCCCUGAGCACCAGCUGCUGAGAAUCACAAGUGAUGUGCUCAGGUCCUGCUUGCAGACUUCCCAUGGGAAUCUGGUUGGCCACUGUGAGAACAGGAUACUGGGAUACACGGGUCUUUGGCUUGGUUCAUCAGGGUUCUUCUUUAACAAUGUGGGUUUGUCUAGGGAGGGUAGCCUGCAUAUCUGAUAUAGCUGUAGAUACUAAAUGUUAUUGUAUUCCCAAGUCAGUCUUUUGAUUUAUCCAGUCCAGUUUGGUUCUAUUUGAAUUGGCAAUAGCUUCUCAAGUUCUCUCAGCCUGUUAGUUCUGAAUCAUGGGCAGUAGCCUGAGGUGAGCCAGAAGCUUAGAACCAGCACCUAUAUGACAUGCCAGUGGCAGCAGCUUUUGGCUGCUUCCUUGACCUUGCCUCCUGGUUUGUCCUUGAGGUUAUCUUUGGCCAUGACUACUGGCAGGAAAUACCUGCAUGUGUGUUCAGGUGGAAUUAUCCUCCUGCUACUGCUGCUUUCCUGGAGCAGGCUGGGUAUGGUGGUGGUGAGGACAUGGCCAUACAGUUUGGAGUGCCUCCACAAAUCCAAUGCUCCUGUUGAUGUAAACAUGUGGCUGUGAGCUCACCGCUGCCCCAAUCCAAUCCACAUAGGCAGCAGCAACACUUGGGCUGGAUCUAGAUACAUCAAAAAGGUGUUUCAGAAAAACACGUUGUAAACCUCAAAGGGGGGAAUCACAUUGGCAAAAGACGGGACUCCACAGUGCCAUCUGGUGUCACAGUGUUAUAAAGCAUAUAAAAUGCUUUUUCUUUACUAAUAUAGCUGGGUCCAUGCAUUAGGAGGCUCUUCCUCACGACAACCAUGCCAGGACUCUGUCCUUCCCAGUCCUUGCAGCCCUCAAAUUCCCAGCAACCUCCUCCAACCACCUCCCUCCCAAACAGCAGAGGCACAAGAACCAGCAAUAUAAAUGACUGUGGACUGAACAAGACAAGCCUAACCUAUGGACAACAGGCUGAGCAACAUCUGUUGGCCUAAAAGAUUCACCGGGAGAUGCUAAGAACAGAUUUGUAACCAUGGUAGUGCCCAAGUGUGAACAGAAAAGGCAGCAGAAUUUGUCAAAUUUGUCAAAAUUCUAUGCUUGGGCUGCUCUGGCAUGCUUUCUCCCUUGCUCAAUAUAUGCCAGAGCACGGGACUCGUCCUUCCACUGAAGAUUCAAUAUGGUUUGGUUUACUUUGCUGUUUCAUGUUGUUUGCCUCAUUUUGCUUUAUUGAUUGUGCGCUUGUGGGAGGCUAGAGACAAAUAAUGUAAUAAAGUGCCCUUUGGGGAAUGGUCCAGUAUUUGUUGAAAGGCAGACUGAAUAAUCUAUGCCUGUUUCAAAAGCUUGAGCUUCUAUCUGCCAGACUUCUCUUUCAUCUACGCUUUUAUAUCUCUCACUAUCAUUUUACUGGCAUCAUCAGAUUUACUCCUGACGAGUGCAACGGAGACAGGAAGCAGUUCUAGAGUAAUCACUGAUUUAAGAAGAGUUACAUACAAGAUUACUUCAGGCCUACAAUUCUGUUCUAUCAAGUUGGCCGAUAAAAAGACAGAAAUAAAAGUAUCAUUUUCUCCUUUGCUUUCCCCCAGAGCGGCUUGAAGCCAGUAGGGAAAAGAACAAAACGCUUCUGGUCGAUACUACUAAUGCUAGUACUAAUAAGUACUACUAGGGCAUGUAUAUUAAAGGAGGGGAAUAGAGAUCACUUCAUGUAGAGCAUCAGUGGAUAACAUUUUUUGCAGCCCAUGAACUACAUUGCCUUCUGGGCAACUUUCUGGGGGCCACAAGCUUGUGGUCGCUGGGGCUAGAGGCAAAAUUGGGCAGAUUAAUUAAUAUAGCUAUUACCUGCUUCAAUCUGACAUCCUCUAAAAUGAAGAAGGGAGAGUCUUCUUUGCUCAAAGGCAUCCUGAAUGGUGCACUUACUAAGCCAUUAAUCUGGCAAGGUAGUGUGGGAAGUACUCAGUUCAUCUAGUCCAGAAGAAGAAGCCCUUGAGAGUCCCAGCCCUUGUGCCAUGAGAUUUGGUUCAGUGGGUUCCUGCCUGCAAGCUUCUGAUGCAAUGAACCCCUGACCACAGCAUCACUCAGAACCUGGAAUCUGGUCCAGCUCAGCAGCUGGUGACCCUGCAGGCUCUAACUUGGUGUCCCGCUCACUGUUUUGGGCCUAUCCUCAACAACCCAUGUUCUUCAUUGCUCAGACUCUAACUUAGUACCCUGUUGCUCAUGUAACUCCUACCCCUUAUGCCUACACUUGACAUCCAAAGUAUUUUAUUCAGGAGUACAAAGCUCCAGCCACUCUACAAAAAUGCCAAAGCCACAUAUGGCCUGCUAGGAGAAUUUGCAAUCUGCAAUGCCAUUUUGUGUUUUUAUUUUUUAAAAUCAUUAGGAUGUGGGUGGGAAAACUUUUUUUCCAGCUUGAGGUCCACAUGGCAACCUUAUGAAAGCCACAUGGCAGAAGUGAGUGGAUCUGGGGGAGAAAAUUGAUGGAACAACGAAUGUUGAAUUUACCUAUGUACCAUAGGCUAGUUUCUACAAAGACUCUCACAUGGUUCUCUCUACUCUCUAUCCAGACCACCAAGAGGCAUGAUCAGAGUUCAGGUACACAUUUCAGUCAAACAAAGCCCCUCAGUAAGGCUGCAUAUCAGGACUGCUGGGGGUUGUGGUUUGGGGAGAGUAGGAUAUUAGGGGCCUCGUUAAAUCAAGCUACCAGUAUAUGUUGUACUGUCUAUUCUUCCUACUGUAGAAGCAUCUCUCUAACAUCUCAGAGAUGUGGACAAGCUGAGCUAAGCAGACGUUCCAUACUCUCCAACAUUCUGCUGAUUAAUAUCGGAAUGCACAUCUUUCAGUCCUGUACUCCCAUGCAAGCCAGAUGGGGGUUCCCAACCCCAGCUCCCGUUACUGGCAGCUGCUCUUUCAGUGAGCACUGGACCAACACCUCCAGCUCCUCUCCCUUUUCCCUGUCAUCACCCUCGUCUUCAUUGGUUUCUUCCACUCCUCCAACAGGGGUGUCAUUGGGUAGAGAAGGUGUGGCAGCUGGGCCUGACCUGCACCACCACCAGUCCUCCCUCCUCCCCUUCCAUGAGCUCCAGCUCAGGUGCCUUCAUUUGCACAAAAGAUACACAUCUAUUGGUGCCAAGCUCCCAUGGGAGCCUGCUGACUCAGGCAAGAAUUCGGCACCAAAAACACGACAUCCGAUCAGAAGCUGGGAUGGCUUCUGUAAUUCUGGGGUGUCCCAAUCAAAUCGGGACUGUUGAUGGAUAUGAGAUUUCUAGGCUAGGACCAGGUACAAAGAAUUCAUUUAUUUUACUAUUCAACCAGCAACCAGCACAUGAGAAUAACACACAUGAGAAUAACAACAGAGGGAGCAGGGAAGUGAAGCACUCCAGAAAUCAAUACACAAUAAAAUGUACUGGAAUAAAAUAACAAAGCGUGUUCUCCUUCAUGGAGAGCACGUGUUGUGGUGGGGUCUGCUGAGCCACCCCUCUGUUACCAGGCAGGGUCUCUAAAGAUGGCCUGGGGCAGUGAUUGGUUCACUGGGUUGCUGGGGUAAAAGUUAUGUUGCAAUUUUGGUGGGAGGGGUAAAAUGUUUAAAUACUCUGCACACAGCCUGGAGCUUUCUCUUUGCUGCGUGCAACGGAUUACCAGGAGCACUUGGACCGUCUGGAGGACAGUGGAGCGAUCUUCUCAUUGUCUGGUUACAUUUUUUUAUUUUCCCCUUCUUUUUAAUCUUCUCUAGUCCCUUAAUUAAUUUAUUAAUUUAAUUCCCCUUUUUUCUGUUUGAUUUCGCACCCCACCCCUUACCCUGCCCUUUGGGAAGAUUCUCCCUUUACCUGUGAGCGCUGCCUGUGCAUAUUCCUCCUGGGCUUGCCUUUCCCAAUAGGGAGAGAGCCCCCAUUAGGGGCUUUCUUUUGCAAAAAGGUUUUCCCCAUUUUCGCCUGUUUAAGUGUGGGGCUAGUCAGGGCUGUUCCCAGCUUACCUGGAAUCACUUUCGUUUAUAGUAUCCUCAUAGGUUGGCUUUAUUUUGGGUGAUUGCAGUGCUGUUGGCUGAAUUUUAAUCUAGCCUUGGGCGGGAGCACUAUUUUGAGUUCCUUUAAUAUUGCAAUGAGACAAAAAAGGCAGAGAGCAGAAGCAGGGAGGCCUGCACGGCCUGCACAUAUCAUUCAAGCCUAAGCCUGCUACAGUUAGCAGUACAGUAAAUUGUUAGGUUUCUGUGACAUGUGACUCAUUCUCUCUAUUAAGAAUGUAUCUGUUUGUUUGCAGGCUCACUUGUUGCUAAUGUAUAUCGUAGGCAGACAGAGUGGAGCCAGAGGCUCUCUGUGCCUCCAAUGAGCACUCUUUGUAUGCUCUUUAACUAUGCUGUUUCUGAACAAGUUUAUUUUCUUCAAGUUUGUUUUUCCCUGAUAGUGGCGACUGCCAUUUUAGAGACGAGCCAUUGUGGCUUAGUGGCUAGAGUACAGGACUAGGACCUGGGAGACAGGGUUCAUAUCCCCCACUUAGCCAUUGUUAUAACAAAGCAAAACAAGCUGCUCCUUUUGGACUAUUUUGUUGCUGGGUAGUUUGGCCCAUUUGUGUUAUUGCUCCCAAAAAGAACUUUGGGUUUCUUGAGGAGGUGCUUCCCUCUAAAGGGCAAGCAGGGGUACCUGGACAGGCGGUGGGCUGCCUCGAGUUUGUUAUCAUUGGAAACAUUUAUGUCUGGCCUAGCAGGUGAUCCUAAGGCUUGGCCCGCUUGGCCCUAGAAUUUGAUGGCCUCUGGCAGCAUUUCUGGCCUGAAUAGCAUCCCCAUGUGGUGCACAAAGCAUUGGUUUCACCUGUUCCUCACGUUGUUUAGGUUUUUUCUUUUUGCAGACUUCAGGGCCUUUGCAGAUGCCUCCAGAGCUUUCCUCUCCUGCAGAGGAUGACUUGCUGAUGCCCCAGGGGCCUUCUUCCAGAAGGAAGCGUCUUCAGAGGCAGGAAAAAGCGGAGCAGGGAUGAUGCUUACACCUCCUUGCAGGUAAAUCAUCCCUGGGCUCUGAUGAUGAUUCAGACAUCACCUUGGACCUCUCCAGGGGUCAGGGUGAGGCUGUUCCAGGUCUUUAGGGAUCAUCCUGGAUAGCUCAGCUGGUCAGCGUAUGGUGCCGGUAAUGCCUAGGUUGCAGGAUCGGUCCCUGUAUGGGACAGCUGCAUGCUCCCUCAUCACUCUACCCGGACACUGAGGUCCAGCUCCAAGGGCCUUUCUGGUGGUUCCCUCACUGUGAGAAGCCAAGUUACAGGGAACCAGGUGGAGGGCCUUCUCAGAAGUGGCACCUGCCCUGUGGUACACCCUCCCACCAGAUGUCUACUACCAGACUUUUAGAAGACAUCUAAGGCAGCCCUGUUUAGGGAAGCUUUUAAUGUUUGAUGCAUUACUGUAUUUUAAUAUUUUGUUGGAAGCUGCCCAGAGUGGCUGGGGAAGCCCAGCCAGAUGGGCGGGGUACAAAUAGAUGAUGAUGAUUAUUAUUAUUAUUAUUAUUAUUAUUAUUAUAUUGUGGGAGAGUGGACUAGAUGAUCCUCGGAGUCCCUUCCAACCCCACUAUUCUAUAAGUGGUAAUUCACUAUGAUGGGAAUGCUAGACGCAGGGCUGCCAUCAUCCCCUCAGCUCGCUAGGAUCGCAGGGACGGGGACAUGUGGACCACUUGCGCAGCUCCACAUUUCAAAUGGAAAUUCCCUGAGCAAUAGAACCUGAAGCUGGUAUGCAGGAAGCUGGCCCGGUGGCAGCUUUGUUGGGACUUCUUUAGGGUUUCUGGCCAGCGUUGGCCCUGUAAAUUUACACAUCAUGGUGGCAACACAAGGCAGGGCUUCUUGCCCAAGCGGGGGCUGGCAAGCAAUAACUCAAUACCUCUCGCCCAUAUUUCCAUAUUUAAAUAUUUGAAUUUAAAUGUGAAGAAUUAAAGUGAAGUCUGAAGUGAAUAAAACCAGGUGGCCAGCUUCUUAAAAAGUACAAACAACACAAAUCCUAAUGUGGAAAGUUUAAAAAGAAAAAAAAGAAAAGAAAACCCCCAAAUAAAUUAAAUAUAUAUAUUAAAAAACAAUAUCAUAAUAUACUUCUUACAGAGUCCCACCAUCCGAAGUGAAAGAAUAAUCACCUCGUGUAAUGAUGACUAACAUUAAAACAAAACAAAAACCCUGCACACACAAAAGCCUCCCAGAACAUUGUCAGACGAAGAUAAGAAGUCAGGCGGCAACAACGCUAGAAGCACAAAAGGAAAAGUCUGCUCCCUAUAAAACAAAACAACAAAGGGAAGCAGACAUUAAAAAUCCAUACUGCAAGCUGUAAAAUAGAUUGCUGUCAUGGAUAUAGACCUGACAGGACCUGUAGUUGUGAAAGUGCUGAAACGAAACAGACCAGGAGUUAAUGAGCUAUGUGGUGCACUUACUUACAGCCAGCCACUGUGGCAGGAGUGCUUUCUGACAGCUGGAGAAUUAUAUGGGGCUGAUUCAAAUGUACUAAAAGCCUCUGGCCCCACUGACAUGUAUCCAGGCACGGCAUAUUAACCGUGCAGUGUCCCUUUAAGAACCAUCCACCUUCCAGCCUACCUUGCUUUGUUUGGGCUCACAACACCCUGCUGCAGGCUAGCAUUUCUCUAGACGUUAGCUGAGGGGUUUCCUGGUCACCCAGCCCACAAUUCCCUAGUGAAUAUUUGGUGGUAUGACACCCUCAUGUUUUCCGUCCCCUGUCCAGCAAAUAAUGUUGGAAACUUGGGAGGCUAUUUUUGCCUCCCAAAAGCAGCCUUGCCUCAAUCCCAGGAUGGUGCUCCCUGACUUGAUGGUAGCCAGAUGUGAUAACAAGCCUUAAAGGCAUUUCUCACUCCUACUGCUAUUUAUGUCAAGUAGAGGUUUUUAUGAGUAUGAUUUCGCUUUCCUCUGACAAUGCAUAACUCCUAUGGAGCACCAUGGCUCAAUGGCAGGGUAUCUGUUCGAAGGCAGAACAUUGCUGGUUCAAUAUUCAGCAUAUCCAGUUUGGGCUGGGAGAAGCACUGCUUGAACCCCUGGAAAGCCACUGCUGGUCAGUGCAGAUGUUACACUGGUGGGCCAGUGUUCAAUCUGGGUAUAAGCUUCUGGCAUUAGCAGUUACGGGUCUCUGUCUCUGCAACAUAACCAUUAUGUUUAGGGCAAGAGGGCCAGCAAACACUGGCUUGAAAUGCAGAGGAAUUUAAAGUAGUGGAAAGAAGAUGAAGUUGAGGCAUAAAAUCAACGAUCCACCAAGCAGCAUCCCUGAGUAAAAAUAAAACGUUGAAAAGCAACAAUGCUGAAUUGAUUAAUUUCCAAGAUGAUGCACUGAUGGACCUGUGGCACUACACUGCUCCUAAUAGGACCAUUUAAAAAGAGUAAUCGAAACAAAGCUCUGCAUGCUUGCAAAUGACAACACAGUUCUGCGAAGAAAGGAAAACGAAGUCCUACCACAUCAAAGACUCAUGGAACAAAGACUUUGCUAUCCCGAUUAUCUCCCUGGAUUUCCCUUGGAAAUCAAAGUUUAAGCAUCUAUCAGACACACUGACACAGAAAGAUAUCCUGGUGGUGUAAUCAGGGGAGGCAACAGGAGUUUAACUUUCAUGUUCUAAAUGCUUUUUGUUUUUGGCUACUUGAAAAGCGCAACAGUGGGGAAAGUGAUGCCUAUUUGCUUUGAAGAAAAGUUCAAAUGUUCAAGCCAGAUCCCCCUCCCCAUUCCUGCCAUUUUGAGCCACUUCUGCUGAGCCACUUCUGAGUCCAAACCUAGUUCAAUUAGAACCAAAAACACAUGUUUCCACCUUCAAUGGAUGCACUGAUCUCACAAACCUGUGUAAUUUACUGGCAUGAAAAAUGAACUGUGAUGGCUCACAAUGGCCACCUCAAAUACGCAAUGAGCAUUAUGACACCCCAAACUAAUUUUUACCACCUCUACCAUUCGCUCUCUCAUCAGCAAACAACCAAAGCCAUUCCAACUGCACACUAUUCUAACUGCUGCCCCAGCAGCAGGAAGGAUGUCAUAUCUGCACAAGUGCUGAGGGGUGGGGAGAUAGGGGCCACUUGCACACCUUCUGUUGAAGUUGUAGCAGUAGUCACAAGAAAAGCAGAUAGACAGGAGGUAAAAGGUGUAUUGAAAGCUCGAAAGGGAGUUUGGGAGAGACUCGGGGCACAACAAUGUGUAAUCUUCGUUCAUAGGAAGCAGCACAGUUUAUUCCAAUGCAACCUGAGUUUAUUCUGAGCUAAUUUGAGCAGAACUGGGGCAAGAGAGGUUUGUCAUAACUACUAAAGUAAUACCUCCGCGAACGUCCGCCUUGUCUAGCAUCCAUUCUGGCAAACAUCCACAGCAAACCCAGAAGUACUGAAACAGGUUAUCUCUGGGUUUGCCACUCAUGCAUGCACAGAAGCGCAAACUGCUCCCUGAUUGUGCACAGACGCGACACUUUGCCCUGCUUCCUUUUCGGCUAGCGGCCAGAGCUCCAGAACAGAUCCUGUCCGCAAAACGAGGUAUGACUGUACAAGGAAGUAAAGUGGAAGGAAGUAAAGUGGGUUAGCAGCAUACUGUUUUUACUUGAGUCCUCAGGCAUUCAAACUGAAUGUGUGAAGAGAGCAGCAGUGUUGGGUGCACAAGUCCCACUUCCCAAGUGAGAUCUUUGGAUCCUCUACACGAUCAGAAACCCUGUACAGUUAAAGGUUCAGUGCAGACCUUCCCACUCAAUGCAGGAAGGGCGGGGGAGCACAUGGCCCCCAUUGCUAUGCCCUAUACAGCCACUCCACCCACCCACGUUUCUUGAAUGCUAGAACAGAAACAGAAGUUUGGAGAUGAUUACAUUCAUUAAGCCUUUUCAGGCUUAAUGAACUAAAGAGGAACUAAAUUGAACUAAAGAGGAACAUCAAACUGCCUACACUUUCUUUCACUGUUUCAGAGAAACACCAGCAUGUUCUGGAGCUUUGCAGUACCCCCCCCCCCAAAAAAAUAUGGGUCAAAUGUUCCAUAUUUUUCCCCCAAUGAAAUUUACCAGCUGCAGGUUCCACAUGAAUGAUAGGAAAUAGUCUGAUCCAACAUGGUAGCACUUAGCUCCUUAGGAAACCCUUGACAAAUGUGCUAUGCCAGUAAUAGAGAACCUGUGGUCUUCCAGGUCAUGCAGAAUGCCAGCUCCUACCAUCCCACCACUGACCAUGCUAGCUGGGUGUGAUGUGAGGGGGUACAACAAUAUAUGGAGACCUAAAGGUCCACCACCCCGUGUUAUGUCCUUUCCUUUUAAAACAGAAUUCAUAAUAUCCAUAGAGAACCUAUUAAAAAUCUUUAAACAGUGCUCUAACAGAAGAUGACAUUUUAAUGGGUCCUCCAAUCACCUUCAUUUAAUUGCAGCUUUAUAAUGUUAUGUCUGUUGUUAACAGUGUUACACACAUUGAGCUGCAUACCUAAAGGCAGAUUGAUGGCAACACAGAUGCUGAGAAAAUGCCAACACACUCUGCAUCUGCAUGUAGAGUGUUUGUUCGCUCUUUUAUUAUUGCUAUCACAGUGCAAAGCUUGUUUUGAUGCCAUUAGUGAUGGAGGGAGAGAGAGAGAGAGAGGAAUAGCCAUCUUUGGCAUGUUUUAUUAAUACACUAAAGUUUUCUUUAUAAUUCCACCUUGGAUAUAUCCAUUUCCAUAAUGAAGUUCGUGUUCUAGCUUUUUAUAAUUAUUUCUACUCAGAACAAAAUUACGUACACUUUGGCUGAGAGAGGGGGAAGAAUGAAUUGUGCUGCAAUCAGGUAAGAUAAUAACAUGGCACAGUAACCUUUCUUUUCUUUUCUCUCUUUUUUUUCCUGGAGAAACUACUUUCCGGAAACUAUCAAAGCUGCUGUUAAAAGUGAAUUUUUCAUUAUAUGAUCAAGCAGUGAUGGGAGAUGCCAUUCUCACUCCCGUUAGGUUCAGAAUUGAGCUUGACAAAUACACACACACACACACACACACCCUUGGGAAAUUGCUCCCCAUCCCCCAUCACCUGUGUGUUCCUUGAAUGAAAUAAAAUAAUUUUGGAAAAUAUUCCAAGUCUGAUGGGCUCCUGAUUAUAGCACUAGGGGUGCAACAGGAACCUUCUUUCCUUCCCACAAGUAUCUGUGAGCCCUUGUCCGUUUCUAUGAUAAAGAGAGGCUUUGUGCUGGAGCUUGGAGCUCAAAGUGAGCUUCUGCUUUAGCAGCGAAGUAGCUCAGGCAGAGAAUUUAUACAGGACCUGGAGGUUCCAUACUCAUAAAUACAUAUAUUCCUAGAUUGCAGGCGCGCACACACACACACGUACACAAACACACACAUGUGAUUAUACCAUCAUGCAGCCAGAUGCUCUGCAGAAUGUGCAGCUGAUGUACGAUGAAACACACGGCUCUUUAAAGCAUUGAGUUAAAAAUUGGGCCACUGAUUAAACUAACGUUAUCAGAUGGAUUAACGAACUGAGGGGGAAAGUAGAGAGACUCUCAAAGAGACAAAUUCUGUUGUGAGGCAAGCCCGUCUGUUUGAUACUUCCCAUUUCAGAGUCAGAUAAAUGCAAAACACAUUUUAUUUCAGCAGCAUCAAAGAGUCUGAAGAAGAAUAAAAGGAAGGAAAAGCAGCCUUAGAAAGGUUAAAGCCAAUCUUGUAAAAGUCAAGAUAAUUUUAGUGUUAUGAAUCACGGUUGUAUCUGAUUAGAGAUUAUUGUCUCCUGAGCCUGGGUGAACAAUAAGCUGAUGAUCACUUUUAAGGGAACUUUUUGCUUCUUCCUCAAAAGCUAGAAAUCAACUGGGAGGUCAUUGCCUCCCACCCUUUCCCUGCUUUUAUUUCAUUUCAGAAUAUAG